GAUUUGUUUUCAAAAACAAAACAAAACAAAAAAAUGCAAAUUUUCAACAUGACACCAUGUUGUUUGCACAUCAACAUUAUAUUCAACAUUUUAAUUGUAAUAAUAAUAAAAGAAAUAAGUUCAAAUGAACAACGACAACAAAUGAAUUUAAAUUUAACGACUAAAUUGUCUAUUGUAACUACUGAAUAUAAAAAUUUUCGUACAAUUCGUGAAUUAUCAUCAAGAGAAUUGAAUAGUUAUCAAUUGAAAAAAGCACGAAAAUGUUGUCAACUAACUUUAAAUACAUCAUGCCAAGAUGGUUGCCAUGCAUCAUUCGAUGAAUUUUGUACCGAUGAAAAUUAUGGCUGCAGAAAUAAAUCAAAAAUUCUGGAUCAAAUAGAAAUUUUCUGUGAUCAACCAUUGAUUAAUUUUGAAACGGAUGAACUUUGGGAUUGUCUUUUAUUAUCUGAUUUUUUUAACAGUAAUAAUGAACACAAUGAUGGCCAUGAGAAUAUUGAUAAUGUUUCGAAUAAAAAAUCAACAAACAAAUCAUUAAUCAAUCAAUCAAAUUAUUAUGGUGGAAUGAAUCCAGCAAAAUUUGUUUGCUGUAAAAGAGCCUUGCAGAAAAAAUGUCAAAAACUUUGUUACGAUACCUAUUCAAAUCAAUGGUUAGAAUCAUGGCAAAAUUUUGAACAAUUCUGUCGAAGAUCAUCAAAUGAAAGAUUAUUAAAUCAAUGUUUAGAUGAUGCUGAUAAUCUAUGUACUUAUCAAUGUCCGAUAAAAUUACAAUUUUGUCAUCAUUUUAAUAAAGUUAAAUUUCCAUCAAGAAAUUGUAAACAAAAUUCUGAUAAACAAGCCGAAAAAUUGUUUCAUUUUUGGAUUGAACAAAAUAUAACUGAAUUUUCGACAAAUGUUUUGAAUCAAAAUCGAAUGGAAAUGUGGAAAAAUCUAGCCUGUUUUCUAUAUAUACAGCCAUGUAUGGAAGAAAAUCAUAAUCCAAUGCCAAUUUGUCAAUCAAAUUGUGCGGAACUUUUUCAUCAUAGCCAAAAUAAAAUUGAAAUAUUGGAUAAAAAUAUUGUUUGUGAUUUUUUAGAAAAUACUAUCAAU